AUAUACAAUUCUAACCAAUCCAGCACAAUGCAAUAGAACCUUAGUACACACUUCUUUUAGAACAUUCUUUGACUACCGAUCCUAUCAGCCUCUUUAUUGCUAUCUUGAAAAAGUCUUUAAUAAUGCGAUCAAUGAGACCCUUUAAAGUGGAAUGGAACGAGCACCAAUCUACUUAAUUAACCAAGCCUUCAUGAUCAUGUAUGUAAAAGUCCAUCGAGACCACAUACAUUGCUCUCUUUAAAGCUUGAUUUAUCACCAUUUCAUUUUGAGCCAACCAAUUGUGCAUGGAGCUUUCCGUCUAACUUCCGGAGGAUUAAUUAAGAUCGAGAUGGAUGGUUCAUUUCAUACACCAGAGUGGCAUGCUGCACGUUUGGCCAGUCUCAAGACUACUCAGACAAUUACUUGGGAAGAGUAUAAGAAGAAGCAAAAGGAAGAAGAAUUGAAAAAGGGGGAACAUGAAGCAGAUACUGAUAAACUGAUGCGUGAGUAUAGAGCUCAGCUGGAUGCUGAAAGGGCAAUGAAGCUCUCUAAGGGAAGGAACUAUUCUACAGAUCAAUCCACAAAAGAUAAGAAGGAGAGAGAUCUCACAGAUAGAAAGGAAAGAGAUUCAAAGAGAAAGAGAAGCAAAAAGAGAAAGCAUUCGAGAAGGCGAUCAUCUGACUCAAGCUCAUCCUCUGAAUCAUCAAGUAGUGACGAAGAGGAAUCUAGGAAAUCAAGGUCAAGUUCUAAAAGAUCAAAAAGGGAGAGGAAACACAAAUCUAGAGGCAUACAUUCAAAGCCAAAGUAAAGAUGAGGAUGAUGAUGGUCCUAUACCGCUAUCGAAAUUCUUUGGCAGUCUUAAGAGUUGACACAUUGCAAAGACUUGAGAUUUGUGUUCAGCAAAUGUGUACUAUUCUCAUCUUCCUGCAAUAGUUACAGUUCUACAAUUUGUUACGCUGGAUUCAAAAUUGCAAUGAUGUACGCGUAUCCGUAUGUUUUAUAAAACAAGAAAGUUGACGAUAUUGGCAAACAUGUAGAGACUAAUAAAGGUGGGCUAUCAUAACACAUGAAAACUAUUUCUGAGACAAUUUAAGUCUUAAAUAGCUGCAACAACAAAAUGAGGGCAAAUUACAAAUACGGAAAAGGAAAAA